AUGAGUGAAGACGAACAAGCACGUUUGCCCGGUGGGCGGCAGUUCUACUCGCCUGCUUCUCAGAUUGGCUCCAAGGACAGAAGCGUGGCAUGGUACGACAAGACCUUCUCGGGGGUCCCCGCGGAUGCCCGUGAGUUGCUUGAGAAAUACUCGAAAAUACCUCCCGAAGAGGUGGAGCCCCAUGUGCUUUCUAUGAGGGACAAGGCAUGGGACAUCUGCCCGUACCCCUGCAUCGGACAAUUCAAAUUCCUCGCCCUCAGGCUCUACGGGCAGCCCUCGUACGCCACCGUGGUCCGCCGCCUCAAGCAGGGCGCAAAGUACCUCGACAUCGGCUGCUGCCUGGGCCAGGACAUCCGCAAGCUCGUCAUGGACGGCGCGACCCCGGAGAACCUCUACGGCGCCGAGCUGCACGCGCCUUUCAUCGACCUCAGCUACGAGCUCUUCCGAGACCACGGGCUGGCGUCGACGUUAAUGGAGGCAGACGCCUUAGUCCUCUCUGCGGGCAGCCCUCUCUCCAAGCUCAAGGGCGAGGUCGACUUUGUCCACCUGGGCAUGGUGCUUCACGUGUUCGGGCCGGAGAAGCAGCGGACUCUGCUUGAGAACUGCAUCGCGCUGCUCAGGCCUGAGCGCGGCAGUAUGAUUCUCGGCACGGCGGUCGGGGACGUCGAGGGCACCCAGGCGCCUGCGGGCUUCUACCUGCACAGUUAUGAGACGUUCAAGGCGAUGUGGGCGGACAUCUCUGAGCGUACGGGUGUCAAGUUUGACUGCAGGGCUUCACUGGACGAGGGACUGGCAAUACUUGAGGUCAAGAAGAAAUUCGGCUACGAUCGGGCUCGACGGCUUAUGUUCGAGGUGGAGAGGCUAUGA